AUGUCUAAUAGGAAAGUAAUAAAGGAAAAGUACCUAAUUGAGUUAGUUAGGUUUCUAAAUAGAGUUAUAAGAAUAUUUCUAAAGGGAAAAUAUAAAUAUAUAAAAAUAAUUAUUUAA